CAUUCGGGUUGGCGGCGGCAGCUUAUCACUUGCGUGUAGCAGCUCACUGCGCGCGGCGCGACAUCGAUUUUUCCACGAACGUACCAAUUUCGGACCGUUUUCUCGCAUUACGAACGCGUUUUAAAAUUAAAAACAAUUUAAUACAACGUGCUAAAAUACCAUCGAUGACGGUGUGAAAUGUGAUAAUUUCCCGGGCAAAUAAUGCGCCACUCCCCGUGGGCAGAAAAGAAUAAUGGCCGCCCAAAAUAAAGUUGACAACGAUUCCGACGAGAUGCCGGCAGCUAAUGCCCCCACGGACCCUGAAACAGAGCAGAAAGAACGACUUAUAGCGGCUGUGAAGAAGGAAGUCAAGCAGCUGAUGGAAGAGGCUGUUACGAGGAAAUUUGUCCAUGAAGAUAGUGGUGGAGUGACAACGUUGUGUGGCGCCGUUGAAGCGUGCCUGGGUCAAGGGUUGCGACGAAGAGCUCUCGGUCUAUUUAAGACCAGUUCAACGACAGCUUUGCUGCACAAAAUUGCAAAGCAUUGCCCCGAAGCUGCAUUAGUAUCAGCCCGGGUGCUUGCUGCCGAAGGAACGCCGGCAACAAGGUCCGCUUCCGGAGUGGAGAGGCGUCCAUCAGCGCCACGACCUCCUCUUUGUAAGAGAGGAAGCGGUUCUCUACUCGCGCAAUCUCCGCCACAGUCUAAAUACCUCUGGAUUCGUAUAGCUCUAUUCGAGAAGCAGCUGGCAAAAAUCAUUGAGCAUUUAGUGACGAAUGCUACUCGUUAUUAUGAACGUGAUGCUCUAGUGGCCGACCCUGACUACGGCAGUAUUCUUAGUUCACUGCUAGUAGGGCCAUGCGCGCUAGAAUAUUCAAAGGCUAAACCACCGGUUACAUUCUGGACCGAUCCACCAGCUGAUGAAUUGGUUCAAAGACAUCGUAUGUCAGCGGGUACAACGACACCGCCUUCAGUUCGAAGACCGAUUUUGAACUUUAAAAGGAGUCUAAAUGCCUCGUCUGACGAUAGUUCGUCAGUCAACACAGUUACGGGCAAGGGAACGACAAGUGCCAAAGAUUACGUAGAAAGUUUACAUCAGAAUUCAACGGCUACGCUUCUAUACGGAAAGAACAAUGUUCGCGUACAGCCUAAAGACGCAGAGGAACCCAUGGCAGGAUAUUUGAGCCUUCACCAGACGGCGGUUGGAUUGGUGAUUAAAUGGACACCAAAUCAGCUCAUGAAUGGUUACGCCGAAAGCGAGAGUGUUGACAAAAGCUUGCUUCGCUGUCAUCUUGUGCAUGCGUCCGCCUGUCAACACACAUGUGUUCUGUGCAGCACGAAGCCGUGUACCGUGUACAGGAGUCGCUGUGCCGGUCCCCUAUGCGUCGACUGUGUGUACUGGGCGAUGUCACUGCAAGUGCAAGUGUGGGAGGUGGUAUACGUGCACGUGCAUCGGUCUCAAGGCAGCGACGCGCUCAUACUUGUCGGCCAGGACGGAGUGCAGAGACCACCCAUACACUUCCCGAAAGGAGGUCACUUGCUGUCUUUUUUGAGCAAUCUAGAGACAGGUUUAUUACCUCAUGGUCAGCUAGAUCCACCCCUAUGGUCACAGAGAGGGGCUGGAAAAGUAUUCGGUAGAGGAAAAAACCGGAGACGUCCUAUGCCAAGUCUCUCCGAAUGUGGCGAAAGUGACGAAGUGGACCAAGACGAGGCUGCCGGCGAUUACGUGUUCCGUAUUGUCAACAACGCUAUAGCCGACAGAGAAGCAAUGCGUCAUUCUCUUCUAGAACGAGCAGUUCAGUCGCCUCCGCGCACUCCACGCCGGCCUCUAGCAUCAACGUCUACUACUUCCUCUGAUUCGUCAACAAUGUCAGUCGAUUGUCCACCUUCGGCUGGAUUUAGUGGGCUUCCUCCGAUAACACCAGCUCCACACCAGCCUGUUGAACAGACUGCGUCCAUUGAACUGGUAUGCAGUACGAUGCGUAGACAGAUAAUAUCGAGGGCGUUCUACGGUUGGCUCGCGUAUUGCCGACACUUGUCCACUGUCAGAACCCAUCUAAGCGGUCUCGUGCAUCCCAAUAUAAUUACGAAAGAAGGAGCAGACUCUGGUCUUACAGAAGAAAUAUGGCGUUCAAUGACCGACGACAGUGGUACUGUAAAUGACAAAAACGAAGUAUACAGGCUGGUUUACUACGGUGGUGUUCAGCAUGACAUCAGAAAGGAAGUUUGGCCAUAUCUCCUUGGAUAUUAUGAAUUCGGUUCAACAACAGAACAAAGAAUAGAACAGGAUGCGUCUUGCCGUCGUCAGUACGAGACCACAAUGUCGGAGUGGCUCUGUGUUGAAGCCAUAGUGCGGCAGAAGGACAGAGAAGCCACGGCCGCUUCAAUAGCGAGGCUCAGUGAAGCCUUGGGAAAACUGCCACCCGUGGAGAGUAAUGGAGAUUCUGGAGAGGUUUUCGAAGACGAUUGCAGCGUCAUAUCAGACAACCCUCCAAUUGUAACUCCAGAGCCUAGCGAUAACGAACAAAGACGACCGGACAACAAACCUGUUCUGUCUCGAGCACCCAGCGUAGAUGAGAUUGACAAUAUCGAUUUAGACUCGGAAGAGAAAGAGAAAGAUGUUAAAGUUAACGGAGAGACUGACACGAGUGAUACUAGAGAAAUAGAUAGUCUUAAAGACUUAGAUGAUGAAGAUGACGAUGUUCAUUUAAAAAGCGUUGUGGAGAACCCGGAUAUGAGGCGAGAAAGUAUAGCUGAAAUAAAAAGACUGGCUGAAGGUAUCGUUCAGAAAAGCGACGGAAGAGGAUUACUUUGUAGCGUUGAUAGUGCGAAUGUGAACCUUAACGGCGUUGACCAAAGAUCCUCUGUAGAGGAAAACGGUCCGAGUCCACAACAGCAUACUAGCGUUAUAGUUACUAAUCCGUCUGUUGAUCUAGUACCGUCGGGAUCACCGGCUUCCGGUGGAACAACUGCUAAUGUGAGCCCGUCUCGUAGUCCAUUAGGAGUGGUACGAGAAGAAUCUCAAUCUGCUGGUGCAUCAUUUGACACUCUGGAACCAACGAGUGAUCAACGUCCAGAGACCAGAUCCAAUUGCGUUUCACCUGCUAGUUCUAAUGGUGGAGUUUAUUCUAACGAGUUGGUUGAAAGCUUCGCUCUGAAUCUCCAUCGGAUCGAGAAAGACGUUCAAAGAUGUGACAGGAAUUAUCCGUUCUUUACUGAUGAAAAUCUUGAUAAACUAAGAAAUAUUAUGUGCACAUACGUUUGGGAACACCUCGAAACUGGUUAUAUGCAGGGAAUGUGUGACCUCGCUGCUCCGCUGCUGGUGAUGAUGAAGGAGGAAGCUUCAGCCCACGCACUGUUCACAAGGCUCAUGGACCGAGCCAGGGAUAAUUUCCCUUCAGGGCAAGCCAUGGACGCUCAUUUUGCUGACAUGAGGUCGUUAAUCCAAAUCUUGGACUGCGAGCUGUACGAACUGAUGCACGCUCACGGGGAUUACACACACUUCUACUUCUGCUAUCGCUGGUUCCUAUUAGACUUCAAAAGGGAAAUGCUAUAUCAAGACGUGUUUGCGGCGUGGGAAAUGAUAUGGGCUGCUCGUCACGUCGCCUCCGAGCAUAUGGUGCUGUUCAUAGCGCUCGCUCUGCUCGAGACGUAUCGCGAUGUGAUACUCGCGAACACAAUGGAUUUUACGGAUAUCAUCAAAUUCUUCAAUGAGAUGGCCGAACGUCACGACGCUUCCGCUGUUCUAUCUCUAGCCAGAGACCUAGUCCUGCAAGUUCAGACUCUAAUCGAGAACAAAUAGAGUUCGUUGUCGUAUAAUUUGAAAGUCUCUAAAUAGACAAUGAUCGAUUCGUUACGCUACAUGAUAAUGAAGGUCAAACGUGAAAUGUAUGUCGCUGUUUGUAACCGCGAAACAAAAUCGUUUCUCAUUUUCGAAAUUGUUCUGGAAUAUUUAAAUAUGAAAAAUAAUUGGAAAUGCCAUUUUUAAAUUUGGAAAAUUUUGUAAGCCACAUUAUUUUUGAAAAUUCUGAAGUUCUGAUCUAUGGAUAAAUUGUUAUUGUACGUAUGCAGUGACGUUAUUCGGGAACAUGUAAUGUACCUAUGUAUAUUUAUCGAAAGGUUUAUAAUAUUAUAAUUUUUCUUAACAAAACAAGUCAUAUUUUAAAUCUUGUUUGAAAUCAAUGAACUUUUUAAUUUUCACGAUAAUUGUUGAUAUUAUUUGUAGAAUAGAGAGGUUCUAUAUGCUAAAAUAAUAUAUAUAGUCACAACUACUUCCAGAAUUGUUAAAGACACUUUUUUUUCAAACAUGUUUUUCCUUUAUAAACAACACGAUUGACCUUUGUUAGUGUACUAAGGUAGUUCUAGUAAGCCUAUGUAAAAAUAUAUAUUAGCGUAGACAAAUUAUAUAUUGAAAAAUUACAGUAUUACAUCAUUAAUCAUAUGUGUCUAUCUUGUAUUUCUAAUGUGUUUUGCGAUGUGAACUAUGUUCAAUGUCUUAUCAAAUUUGUUUACGUAUAUUAGCGAAAUUAUACGAAACACACUCUGAUUGUUUACGUUGUUUGAGUCAUUCGAAGGAAAAUAACUCAAUAAUAAACAAAAAAAAGUCCCAGAGAAUUCGCUUCCUGAAACUGAUCUGUUGUUUUUCCUCUAACGGUUAAAUACCUACGUGCACGAUGAAUUCCGUGAAAAAGACACAAGCUAAAUUCGACUUGGUUUUUCAGUCGAAUUCGUCAACAACGUUUUACUGUUAUAUUCCUUAAUUUGCAAUAUGUUUCGACUAUAAAAAUAUAACAGAAUUGCCCUUGAGAAGAAGAUACGAUUAUGCCUCCCGGAUUCAUUUAACUAUUACGUCUUAUGCACUGCAUCCGUCCGUACUGAUCUCCUAUUUUUCUACCUAGCCCUUCUACCAUAGGCGAUGGUCACUGAGCAUGUCGUGAGCAAGGGUUAGCACCACUGGCCUGCGUUUUUCUGCCGCGAAUUUCAAUGUUAGCCUUUCGGAAAGGAUCACUUUAAAGCCUGAUAAAAAUACUUCAAUUUUCUUUAAAAGGUAACUUGAAUUUCUGUGCGCGACUGUACCUCUCUAAGUAUGCAGCUACGUCGACCGGAACGCAGUCGGAACGUGGAGUAAAUUUGUAAGGAAAAGUCGCGUUUAAAUCCUCGUGGUUAAAUUUCCUUGUUAAGUUGUAACCUGGACCUUAUUAUAACGACAAACUAGUAAAUAAUUUUUCCAUCGAACGAGAACGGUUUCACAAAAGCCCCUUCUUUUACUAAAUUCAAAUCUUAGUAAAUUUAUCGAAUUUAUUGAACUUUGAAAAACAAAGGUAAAUUUUCGAAAAUUCUAAUUAUCAUAUCGGAUAACGACCCUUUUCCCCUGUGCCUUGUCAAAAUAUCCAUUAAAAUAAAAACCCUAUUUACUUACAUACAUAAAAUGUAUUUAUGAUAUAAAUGUUUUAAAUAAUUUAUUGAAAGUUCUAAUACAAACUUCGAAUAUACUAUUUUUCUUAUAUAUACCUACCUAGAAAAUACUUCUGAUAUUGUUACGUGCUUAAUAUAUACAUAUGUAUGCAUAUUAUCACUAAUAUGUACUAGUAUAUACUUAACCUCUAAUUUAUAAAAAGUUUUAACUGAAAUUAAUUUUGAAAUUUAAGAAAAAACUUUCUAAUCUCGCUUUGCAUAUUUUUGACUCGACCUUUUUAUUUAUCACGUAUAUUUUAUUUACUGUAUUUUUCCCGAUAAAUGCCAGAUUAAAAUCUUGAUCUGAUAUUUUGAACAUAUUGUUUGAACCACAGAAAAACGUAAGCUCCGUCUUUGUCAAUAAUAUGUCCAGAUUUUAUUAUCCAUCAAAGUACCUUCUCAUUAGAUUUGCUGUUUUUUUUUGUUAGAUGGCUCAACGAGCUCAAGAUCCACUUGAUAUUAAAUUGAAAUGGAUUUUACCGAAAUUAUUAUUAAAUUAUUGAAUAUAAUUGAUUUAUACAUAUUAUUAUUCCUUUUCUUUUUCGUAUUACUCCUGUCAGAGCGGUCGUGGUCGUCACUCAGUAUCAUUGCUGUGGGCAGAUGCUAUGUACCUCACAAUAUAUAUAUAUUUAAUACUAUUAUAUUAUUAUUACAUUAUAUUAUUAUAUUGAAAGCCGACACCCAUCUUGAGAUGUAAGAUUGAAGUUUCAAUUGCAUUGUUUUUUAUUACAUGAUAUUAUUUCUUCUUAAUGGAAUUUUUUCUUUGAAUACGUGUACAAAUUAUAAUUCAACCUAUAUAAUUACAUUUUUAGCCUAAUAUUCAUAGCGUGCCACCGGUCUUCUAUGCCGCGUUGAUGGAAUUAUUUUUGAGAAUGUCUUCAGACCGGGCGGAACAUGAUCCCGUGUUUUUUUUUUCGAUGUGUCUAAAAAGUUAUAUGUGACUAAAAAGGCUAAUCACUCAUUAAAAUAUAAUCUACCAGUCAAUGAACCCAGUCGUGGUUUCAAAUAUAAUCAGGUAACUUUUAAAAGCACUCUUUCACCUUUAACAAAUCAAUAUUUCAAUUUUACAAAUAAUGUUGUUACAAAUCGACAAUUAAAAUAUCAGAUCUAGCUUGUAGAAUCUCCUAGCUAAUUUAUAAGGGCCGGUCCUCGUAUCGAUGUAGUUAUAGUGAGGCGUCGCGAGGAGACCUACCUAUUUAAAGUUUAAAAUUUGAUAAAUAUAACAAAAACUUCUAUUGGCUAUUUGAAUGGAGUAAACUUAAUUGAAGUUAUGGUGAGGGGUAGAUCUCAGGGGUAUUUAAAACUAUGGGUUAGUCACCAAUAUCGAAUUUCGAAUUUUAAUCUUCCUUUAACACAAACAAUUUUCAAUUUUAAACAAUAAUUACAUUUAGACGCGGGCGCACGCUGUUCACACUCAAAACGGAAGCGCCCGGAACAUAGAUUAUACACUGUUAAAAAGAUAGACAUAGAUGCUAACUAUGUAUAGCGAGCGGGCAUACGGCCGCGAGAGUGACGUAACGGUCGGUUUGCUACAAAGUUCAAUUCAAAACAUCGAACUGUUGAUGCUAAUACCAAAUAAAACGCACCUUUUAAUUACGCAGGUGAAUAUCGCGUAUUAUGUCCAUGCCAUAGGAGUGGGUAAUAUCGGUUUUGCCGCGUAUCGAAUCGUAUCUAUAUAUAGAGUAUCAAUAUCGGAUAUUGAAUCUAUAUAUUUUCUGAAUCUAUAUAUUGAUGGAUGCUAGUAGAUUUUCUCGAUUCAUGAUAUUUGAGAUUUGAAACGAUACGCUGAUAUAAUAUCGUAGUAGAUAUAGAUUUAAGUCAACGUUAUACGGUUGGUUUUCUGAUAAUAAUUUAUAAUAUGAUUUUAAAGUAAUAAAAAGAACAUGAAAAUAAAAAUAUCAAAAAAACUUUCCUUCAUGCUUUUAUCAGGCUUAGGACUGGCUACAUUAUUUUCAGUUUUUAGUAUUUUGUGUCUUAAUUUAAAAUUACAAAAUAUACCAAAAGAGUGUAGAUUUCAAAAGUUUAAUACAAACACAAGAAAUAAACUCAAUUAUUUGGAUUCAACUAAAAAUAGAAAAAUGUGUACUUUAAAAAUCAAACACAAAAAACUUUUAAGUAUUUAUAAACACUUGUCCAAAAAUUCUAGUUCAAGGUCAAAGCGCGUGAAAUUAAAUUCAACGAUGCAAAUAGGCUUUACUGCAUUCAAGUUAGGGUCGAAAAUUGAAACUUCUUUCCUAAAUUGUAUCCUGCUGAUACGCUAAGAAUAAUCUACAGACAUAUGGACUUAAAUAUAAGGUUUACAAUUGUAUGGAUAAUGCCUGUUUCUGUUUCAUUCAUCACAUAAUAUUCCUAUCGUGCGCUCACUCACUCUGGCCGAUUCGAUACGAACCAAACGAAUAUCGCUGAUAUUCACGAAUCGGUACGAUAUGCCGAUGCGCAUCACAUCGAGCAAUAUCGUGUAUCGGCUGAUAUCGAUAUAUAGAUUUCGUGCGGGGCGAUAUCGGAUUCAACGAUAUUGCUGCGAUAUAUAGAUAUUGAAUCUAGAUACGAUUUAUAUUACCCACUCCUACCAUGCCACCCAUGAUCGAAAACAGUGGAAGAACGUCACAUGUGGUCGCGAUCCACAGUAGUGAGGGAACGAUAUAGAAGAAGAAGAUUAUGCGAAAUGUCGGUUAAACUAAAUAGCCUUUCCGACAUAUUUCCACGAAUUUUGGUAUCGACAAACAGAAUUAUCCAUGCCACCUAAUGAUUGCUAAAUUAUAUAUAAAAACACGUCCAAUCUUCUUUGAAUAGUGUAGACGCGUGACGGAAGUGAAAAAAUUAAGGCGUGCAGUCGAUGAAUCUUUAUUUACUUAAUGAAGAAUAACAUUAGUUUUUAUUAUAGUAAUUUUAUUGGCGCUUCCAGUCGUGUUUACUUGUAUUUUAUAUUUAUUAUUAAUUACGUGAAUAUUUGUAUUUUAAUACGCAUUACAAUUUAUGAGCGUCUGUCUCUUGUAUAAGAUAUUGUGUAUAAGACGUUCGUAGUACAAGUUCUAGUAAAAUAGAUGACGUUAUAUCGGAGAUGUAUUGGUCACGUUUGUGUUAAUCAAAUAAGAAAUAACACAUUGAAUAUUUUCUCUUGUACAUCUUCAAUUUUUGUGUCUCUUAAUAUGUACAUCAUCUAUAUUUGUUACAAACUAGUCGAAUAGUUUUUUAUGUAUUUAAAAUAGUAAGCAUUUUGCACAAACGGUGGAGUGUACUGGUGGUAGGACCUCUUGUGAGUCCGCGCGGGUAGGUACCACCACCCUGCCUAUUUCAGCCGUGAAGCAGUAAUGCGUUUCGGUUUGAAGGGUGGGGCGCCCGUUGUAACUAUACUGAGACCUUAGAACUUAUCUCAAGGUGGGUAGCGCAUUUACGUUGUAGAUGUCUAUGGGCUCCAGUAACCACUUAACACCAGGUGGGUUGUGAGCUCGUCCACCCAUCUAAGCAAUAAAUAAAAAAAUAAAUAAAAGUGAACAAAUUUUCAAACUCCCUGAAUCUCAUUUUGUGACUUCGAAAUAUAUUCCACAUUAAUCUGGGUGAUUUUCGUUUGUUUAUUGCUAAUCAAUUUGCUUUCCGAUUUGAAGGGGACGAUUAACGGUUUGUUUUCAUGUAAUUGAGACUAUGAACUUAUAUGACUCGAUGCGUAAUGGUAUUUAUUGCCUUAUGCUGUUUAUGGGCUCGAUAUCGACUUAACAUCAGAUCGGCCGUGGGUUCGUAUCCAUGAACAUCGAAAUAAAAUCGUUAAUCUGUAAAUAAAGGCUUAAUGUUUGCUUAAUGUUCAAACAGAAUUAAACUUAUCUAGAUUAAUUUAUUCCCUAUCUAUUCGCUGGUAGCCUAAGGGGCUAUUCUAGAUACGCCCGGACGGGUAGGCGAGCUCACGGGCCCAAUCUGAAAGAACGGAGCGCUAUGACAUGUCCUUCUUCAAACGAGGCUUGUGCAGAGUAUUAAACGGUAGGCAGCGGCUCGGCUCUGCCCCUGGCAUUGCUGACGUCCAUAAGCGACGGUAACCACUCGCCAUCAGGUGGGCCGUAUGCUCGUCUGCCUAUACGGCAAUUAAAAAAAAACGCUAGCCCUAGUAAGAGCAGUGCUUCACAGAAUCUAUCUACGGAUCGGAUCGCGACCCAUUGAGAAGAUUGAGAAACUCAGUGGGUUGUGUCCAAAGGUGGGUUCGCUUGUCGAACGAGGACGGUGACUUGCGCUUGAGGGAUAACAAGACUUUACAAGACAUGUUUCGGGCGAUGGCGCCUUUGCGUUACCUGGAUCGGAUAAGAAUCACUGCAAAAUAUUCUUUAUUUUACUGAUUAAUUUUCAACUGUCAAAUAAAAAAAUAUUCUUUAGAAGAACAGUACAAUAUACAUUUAAUAUAAGCAUUUGGUAGAAACAACUCAAUAGAUUCGCUUUUUAAAAUUCUUUCUUCGGCCUUUGACCCUAGCGAUUUUUAUCUAGAACGUUCGGAUACUUUGUAAAAUAUGGAGUAGGUAUAUUUUUGAAAACUAAAUUAUAUGUUGUAUCGAGUGUUAUUUCCAUGUUCUUAUAUUAUUAUAGUCUUUGUAUAAUGUCUUGUGUGUAUACUGUAAUACUAUCAUUAGCUUUUUAGUCGUUUUGUGCUGUUAUGAAAAUAAUCGUGAUGACUGUUCUAUUUCAAAACGAGGUUUUCAAUUAAGAUUUCUGUUUAUAAAACUGAUUGAUGUUUAACUUCUACAAAAAAAGUUCUACAGUUUUCUAAGUAGAUAAUAAAAACAUGCUUGGUGCUAAAAUUCCUACUUCACAAAUUAUGAAUAGUAAUAAUCGAUUCACAUUGUGACAUCAAAAUAUUAUAUUAACAAAAAGUAAUAAAUAUUAUUAUUGAAAUUCGCGCCUAUUAUUGUAGACUACUCAACAAUGUUUUUGGUCGCAGCAUUCUUUUUGUAUAUGUAUAAUCUUGACAGUUUUAUCAAAUAAAAUAACAAAACAAAAGUAGACAUUAAUGUAAAAAAAAACUGAUUAUUGUUAAAAACAUUUCUUGUUUCAGUUGUCGUAAAAGCUUGAUGCAAAUUGAAAUAAUGUUAUAUUGCUAUGCAGAUAAAUGAAUGUGUUUUAUUCGAACAGUUUAUUAUUCAUUAAUAUUACGGGUGAUAAUGAUUUAUGUUUGCAAUAAUCAUUUGAUUGUUCAUUAGCGAUUGUCUUUUAUCUUUAGUUUAUUUAUACACCGACGAUAUGCGCGUCAGUAACAAAAUAUAUAUUUGUUGACAAAGGUCAGACAUGAAACUUAUGUAAGCGAAGGAGCAAAAUCGGGGCAAGCUUAUUUCGAACUGUUGACGGUGAAUUAAUAUUUGAUUAGUUGAUAAACUCUAAUAAGAUGAUUUGAUUACGUUUUCUUUUGUUUUUAAGAAUUUGAAUAAUAGAUCAUUCGGAUACGGAUUGCAUAUUGAAUCAGACAAAAGUGUUAAAUUUUAUAUUAUGUACAUACAUAUCGACGCUUGAAAGGCAAACAUGACUAAGCGACAAUUACUUAUUUGUACAUAAAUGAUAGGCAAUAUUCGAUGCGCAAAAAAAAUAUAUUUCUAAGUCUAUUAAAAUCAUUUCAAUCCUACAGCUACUAGCUAGAUUAUACUACAGUUAGAUUCGUUAAAAUAGAUUUUGUUUUCAGGUAUUUCAACUUUAAAUUAGUCUAGUGUAAAGUUCACGCAUUGUCACUUAGUCACGUUUGCCUUUCAAGCGUCGAUAUAUAUAAAGUAUAGAUGUGACGUUUUAAAAUAAGACAGUCAUUACGAUGUACAUAAAUUUAUAUCUGUUUAUAUUGAUGUCUAUGAAAUGAAUUUAAUGUGAUUGUUAUACGCUUAAUCUAGUUCUUAUACCUAUAAAUAUAUAGAGCAGGCCUAAGUCUGAAAAUAAGCCAAGCUUUAUUGUAUUUUUCUUAACGGACUUGUGUUUUGAACACGGAAAGCGAAAUCCAAUAAGUUUUUGUUAAUCAAUAUUUAUCUUCAUAUAAAUUUUCUUAGAUCAGUAUUAGUUCAAAAUAAACAUUGUGUUUUUAUUAAUUUCAAAUUGUCUUCAAAACCACACACUAAUAAUACUAAAAUAAAAUUAAAUAGAUUUUAAUAUUAUUGACUUCAUUGGUGAUUAUUUUAUCGAUGCUAAAAAAAAUUCAGAGCUUAUGUAGAAUUAUGAUUAUUUUUUAUCGUCGAGAUAAUCAACAUUUUGUGCCAAACAUUUUAACGUUAGAAAAAGAUACUGACGAUAAGCACAGCUGGAUAUGCUCUGGUCAUCUACUGGACAUAGCCUUAGGCUAUCUUCGCCGAUGUAGAAAUAUUAAUUCAUAAAAUAAAUAAUUUGACUCAUUGUAAGUAGUGUGAUCAAAGCUUAUUCGCGCCAUUCAAGUUCUUAAGUAAUAUGGGAAAAGGAUAGCAUCGGAGACCUCGUUCAGUCUUCAUCGAAAACUUUUAGCGCAAUUCAAAUCUUAACGGAUAAUUCGAUGUUUGUAAUUAUCUCCUUUUUACGAUAUUCUGGUUUAUAGUAUUCCGGGUUCGAAGUGGCCUCGUUUUCCGUGAGUCUCGUGAGCGCGCCGAAAAGAGGUUUAAGGAGAGUCGGUUGUGGUAUAGAGCAUGAGUACUCUUGGGCGACAUCGCCAAGGUUCAUAAACUUUUUGAAAAAUUUCUGCCAGCGACGAAUAAAGUCAAGUCGCUGUAGUAUCUAUCGUGUAUUUGAUAGUGUACUUCCAGUAGGAUUGGCCAGGAAUGCAACUCUGAAAUAGUAAAAUUGCCAAUAAUAUGGAAUAAUACCUUUUUUAUCCCGUUAACAGUCCUAAAAUUUGAUUAUGUUUUCAUAAUUAAACAUACAUCAUACUUAUCCAUCUCAUUGAUACAUUAUAUUUUACAUAUUACGUAUUAUGUUUUUUAACAAUCGUUUCAAUGUUUGGCCGUUAAUUUUUAUAAAGUUUUUAUUUUUAUUUUAUUAAUAUCCAUCCACAAAUUAUCUAUAUACAUUUAAAAUUUAUUAUAAUUAUUUGUAGUACAUUAAUUGUAUACAACGUAAUGUGUCGUAAACAAGUUUUGAUGCUGAAUGUUAAAAUUAAUUUUGGUAUUCGAAUGUGUCAAUGCUUUAUGAUAAGUAGAUUUUUUUUGUAUUGCUCAGAGCCUAAGCAAAUUUUGAAGAGAUCGAUACAUACUUGACUGAGUUUUAUUUAUUUUUUUAAUUUUUUAUUGCCCCUGUAGGCAGACGUGCAUACGGCCCACCUGAUAGUGAGUUGUUACCGUCGCCCAUGGACCUCAGCAAUGCCAGGGACAGAGCCAAGCCGCUGCCUACCGCUAUACCACUAUGCCUACCGCUGUGUGCGACAAGACUAACAUUAUCUUUCUAUAGAGUGUGUUAUACGAAUAAAACAGAAGAAAUUAGAUAAUUUGAUUACUGGUUGUAGGACCUCUUGUAAGUCCGCACGGGUAGGUACCACAACCCUGCCUAUUUCUGCCGUGAAGCAGUAAUGCGUUUGAAGGGUGGCACAGCCGUUGUAACUAUACCGAGAUCUUAAAAUGGGUGGCGCAUUUACGUUGUAGAGUCUGUGGGCUCCAGUAAUAACUUAACACCAGGUGGGCUGCGAGCUCGUCCACACUUCUAAGCAAUAAAAAAAAUUAUCGGAGAGGUAUUGUAAACAAGGCUCAAGCUUCGAUUGAAGUACAAAUGCAGAAAAACGACAGCUGAAAAGAAAAUAAGAUAUUCAACAUUUGAUUAGGCUCGUAUUCAAUAUUAAAUUUUUAGAGGAAACAUUAUAUUCGAUGUAAAACAUUUAUCAAAUUGAAUGUAAGUAAAAAAAAUAUUAUGUAAUGUGUACGUAAGGUGUAAGAAUUAUUUAUAGUAAAUAUUGUAAUUAUUUUUGUGAAAGUCAUCUUGUCAAUAAAUACAUUUCCAUUUAAA